AUGAAUAAUAAUCCAAAGGGAAAUAAGGCCACUCCUGACGAUAAAAACGAACUGGAGACAGCGGAGUCUGGAUACGGUGGUUGGCAAGGAGGAUAUGGCGGAGGUGGAUACGGUGGUUGGCAAGGAGGAUACGGUGGAUGGCCUGUAGGAUAUGGCGGAGGUGGAUACGGUGGUUGGAAAGGAGGAUACGGUGGAUGGCCUGUAGGAUAUGGCGGAGGUGGAUACGGUGGUUGGCAAGGAGGAUACGGAGGAGGUGGAUACGGUAAUGGAAAAUACGGUGGUUGUGGCUGGUGGUGCUAA